GCGUCGCCGACGAUAAGCGAGGAGAGGUUGGAGCCAAGAGUGGAGGAGAGGGAGGGGGGUUACUUUGUGUUGAAGGAGAAGUUCAGAGGGGGGAUUAACCCACAAGAGAAGAUUAAGAUUGAGAGGGAGCCAAUGAAGCUUGUGGUUGAGGAUGGGAUAAGGGAGUUGGCUAAGACUCCUCUGGAGGAGAUUGAGAAGGCUAAGUCUUCCAAGGAUGAUAUUGAUGUGAGGCUCAAGUGGCUUGGCCUCUUCCACAGGCGCAAGCAUCAGUAUGGAAGAUUCAUGAUGCGUUUGAAGCUCCCAAAUGGUGUGACAACGAGCGAGCAAACCCGAUACCUGGCCAGCGUCAUCGAGAAAUAUGGCUCUGAAGGUUGUGCAGACAUUACGACACGGCAGAAUUGGCAGAUUCGCGGUGUGACACUCCCGGAUGUGCCCAUAAUUAUGGAUGGACUCAACCGCGUCGGCCUGACCAGUUUGCAGAGUGGCAUGGACAACGUGCGCAACCCAGUGGGCAACCCAUUGGCUGGUAUUGAUCCACAUGAGAUCAUUGAUACAAGACCAUACACCAAGCUUUUAUCAGAUUAUGUCACUUAUAACUCUCGUGGUAACAUCGCCAUCACGAACUUGCCAAGGAAAUGGAAUGUAUGUGUUGUUGGUACCCAUGAUCUCUAUGAACACCCCCACAUCAAUGAUCUGGCCUACAUGCCCGCGAUCAAGAAUGGAAAGUUCGGGUUCAACCUGCUAGUUGGAGGAUUUUUCAGCCCGAAGAGGUGUGCAGAGGCCGUGCCUCUCGAUGCUUGGAUCUCUGGUGACGACAUGAUUCCAGCGUGCAAAGCAGUACUAGAGGCUUACAGAGACCUUGGCACCAGAGGAAACAGGCAGAAAACCAGAAUGAUGUGGCUCAUUGAUGAACUGGGGAUAGAAGUAUUCAGAUCUGAAGUGGAAAAAAGGAUGCCAGAAAAAUACCUAGAGCGUGCAUCUGAAGAGGAACUAGUCCAAAAGCAAUGGGAAAGGAGGGACUACCUCGGUGUCCAUCCCCAAAAACAAGAAGGCCUAUCCUUUGUUGGGCUCCACAUUCCAGUUGGCCGUGUACAGGCCUCCGACAUGUUCGAGCUAGCCAGACUAGCAGACGAGUACGGCACGGGUGAGCUCCGUCUGACAGUUGAGCAGAACAUAGUCCUACCCAAUGUGAAGAAUUCGAGACUUGAUGCUUUAUUUAACGAGCAACUUUUAAAGGAGAAAUUCUCGCCAGUGCCGUCGAUUCUGAUGAGAGGUCUAGUUGCAUGCACGGGCAACCAAUUCUGCGGCCAGGCAAUUAUUGAGACCAAGGCAAGGGCAAUGAAGGUCACCGAGGAGGUAGAGAGGGUGGUUUCGAUACCAGGAGGGAAAAUGGUGAGAAUGCAUUGGACCGGGUGCACGAACAGUUGUGGACAGGUUCAGGUGGCGGAUAUCGGGUUUAUGGGGUGCAUGACUAGGGAUUCAGAGGGCAAGGUUUGUGAAGGGGUGGAUGUUUUCUUGGGUGGGAGAGUUGGGAGUGAUUCACACCUUGGGCAUGUUUAUAAGAAAGGUGUGCCAUGUAAGGAUUUGGUGCCCUUGGUUGCUGAUAUCCUUGUGGAGCAUUUUGGGGCAGUGCCAAGGGUGAGGGAAGAAAAUGAUGAGGAGUGAGGGCUAUAUUAUAUCUUUCUAUAUCAUUGUUCAUUCUAUGGUAAUAAAAAUGUUAAAAAAAGAAAAAGAAGAUAUUACAGAUCAGUGUAUGUUGUUUUUUUCGCCUGGUAAUGUUUUAUGUGAUGUUUACCAAAUUAUAAACGUCUGAUAGUUGUCUGUAAUGGAUGAACUUCAUUGUUGUUUACUAAAUUAUUUACAAGUAUUUUUCUGUUUA